UUAUACAAUAAAAAACAAAAAUUAAUUAUUUUGCAUGUUAUAAUACGACUAUUAUAUUUUAAUUUAUGGAGGAAGAAUUUUCAGAAUCUGACGAUGAAAAUAUUAUUGAAGAUGAUGUAUUUACAAAUUGUGAAAAGGUGGCUUUACGUAAUGCUUGGCGCGUAAUAGAUCGUCGUAUACUUUACCAUAAUGACCGGUUAUACGUGAGUUUUUAUACUGAACAUGAAACAUUUUUAGAAUAUUUUCGUAAUUCGGAACAAAAAAUUGACGUAGAGGAUAUUCUUAAUAACGGCAAAAAUAUAAUGUCAAUAUUUAAUAAUAUUGUAUCGGAAGGUUUAGUAGUAAGUGCCUUGAGAUUAAUGCUUCGAGAAGUAUAUAUACACUAUGCUAGGAGAAAGUUCCCUAAAAUUGUUGUUAUGACGUUUGUGGAAGUUCUUGUUGAAUAUAUGCGAAUAGAAAUCAAAGAAAUCAUGACUCCUACACUUGAUCAGGCAUUGGAUAAGCUUGUAGUUUUAAUAAUCACACAUUACCCCACGGAAUCUAAGAGAAGUACUGCCGCUCAGACUAAAUUGAGUAUAAAAGAAACUGAAACUGAAAAUUGAAAAUCAAAAUCAAAAAGAGCUAUUGA